GUGAUGAUGAAUUCCGGGGUUCCUGAACGCACCUGGCUCUCCGUGACUGUGAUUGGUGCAUACUGAGGAAGUGUCGCUGUGGAUGUUGGAGCCAAGACAUGAGGACUGCUGUCGGUGUGUUAAGGUUUUUAUGACGUCAUGAAGGACAACCCACCUUCCUCAUGGGCAAGACCCCCUGUGACCCGCUCCAAAGUCUUCGCUACACAUCUUAAAGCCUGGAGCUCAGCCAACAUUCCGUCAACUACAGACAAGGGAGCUCUAGGAGCCACCCAGCUGCCGGCCUGUGAUUGGGCAGCCGGGCGGUGGGGGGGCUCCCAACACGGCGGCGGUGUGCUGACUGCUCCGGGACGUGUUUCAACAGAUGGUGGAGUUCGGAGGGUGUCAUCACAUCGGAGAGGGGAUUAGAGGAGAGAGGUUGUCUUCCAGGAGCCGUGUGGUCCACCUCCUCUUGACUCUUCAACUCCUCCAUGAACGCAGGGAACACUCGCAGGAUUCCUUGCCAGGACGCUGUCUGCCAGCACGGCUUUGAGAGCUACAGUGUGCCGAGUGAGUGGCCCGGUUGGACUUCAAUUGGACUACCCUGUUGUGCCUUAUGUUGGACACAAUGCUGGUACAGUGGCUGUCCUGCUUGGCGCUGUUUUCUCUGGACUGGACUCCGGGGAGCUUGGCCUACACAACCACUAGGGCCCAGGGCCUGAGGGGUCGCAUCCAAAGAGACCGCAGGAACAUCCGCCCAAACAUUAUCCUCAUCAUGACUGACGACCAGGACGUAGAACUAGGCUCUCUGCAGGUGAUGAAUAAAACCCGCAAGAUCAUGGAGGACGGAGGUACCUCGUUCACCAAUGCCUUCGUCAGCACACCAAUGUGCUGCCCAUCACGCUCCUCCAUGCUGACGGGCAAGUACGUCCACAACCACAACACCUACACCAACAACGAGAACUGCUCGUCACCCUCCUGGCAAGCUCAGCACGAGCCGCGCUCUUUCGCAGUCUACCUCAACAACACCGGCUACAGGACAGCUUUCUUUGGCAAAUACCUCAAUGAGUACAACGGCAGCUACAUCCCGCCUGGGUGGCGCGAAUGGGUCGGAUUGAUCAAAAAUUCCCGCUUCUAUAAUUACACAGUCUGUCGGAAUGGUUACAAGGAGAAACACGGUGCAAAUUAUGCCAAGGACUAUUUCACCGAUCUCAUCACCAACGACAGCAUCAACUUUUUCCACAUGUCCAAGAGGUUGUACCCUCAUCGCCCCGUCAUGAUGGUCAUCAGCCACGCCGCCCCUCACGGCCCAGAGGACUCGGCACCGCAGUACGCAGAGUUUUUCCCCAACGCAUCUCAGCACAUCACCCCCAGCUACAACUAUGCCCCCAACAUGGACAAGCACUGGAUCAUGCAGUACACUGGCCCUAUGAAGCCAAUCCACAUGGAGUUCACCAAUUUCCUCCACCGGAAACGGCUGCAGACUCUCAUGUCUGUGGAUGAUUCUGUGCAAAAGGUUUAUGAAAUGCUGGAGGAGACUGGAGAGUUGGACAACACGUACAUCAUUUAUACCGCCGACCAUGGCUACCACAUCGGUCAGUUUGGCCUCGUCAAAGGCAAGUCCAUGCCUUAUGACUUUGACAUUCGAGUGCCGUUCUUCCUGAGGGGACCCAAUGUGGAGCCCGGUGCAGUAAACCCUCACCUGGUGCUGAACAUCGAUCUGGCGCCUACCAUCCUGCACAUUGCUGGGCUGGAUACGCCUCCGGACAUGGAUGGAAAGUCUAUCUUAAAGCUGCUGGAACAAGAAAGGACUGGCAAUAGAUUCAAACCCAACCGGAAACCCAAAGUCUGGAGGGAUACAUUCCUUGUUGAGCGAGGAAAAAUCUUAAGGAAGAAGGACGACUCUGUGAGCACGCAGCACACCAACAGCCUGCCAAAAUACAUGAAGGUGAAAGAGACCUGCCAACAAGCUGAAUUCCAGACACCAUGUGAACAGCCAGGACAGAAGUGGCACUGUGUGGAGGAAAUCACCGGCAAGUGGCGGAUACAGAAGUGCAAAGGAGGCUCCAAGGAGGGCCCAAGGAAGAGGGCUCGCAGCCUCAGGCCCCGCAGCAGCUAUGAACCCCAGGGGAGGGGCUGCAACUGCGGGGACGCCCUCUACAAACCUCCCAGGAUAGAGCGCCGCUCCCACCGGCUGUCAUCCUCCAGCCAGCGUUAUCGUCCACGAUUCGUUCACACGCGGCCCACUAGAUCUCUAUCUGUGGAAUUUGAGGGUCAGAUCUACGAUGUGGACCUGCAAGCUGACGACCAGUCCGCCGUGCGCCACCGCGCCAUCUCUAAGCGCCACUACCCCUCAGAGGACCCAGAUUUGGACUCAGGCUCGUAUGACGGGUCAGAAGAAAUGCUGGCAGACGACACCAACACGGUGGGGUACCCCAAAUCCCUAAAGGUUACACACAAGUGUUACAUCCUAAUGAAUGACUCCGUCCACUGCGAGAGAGAAAUCUACCAGUCCUCCAGAGCCUGGAAGGACCACAAGAGCUACGUGGACCAAGAGAUAGAAGUACUACAGGACAAAAUCAAAAAUCUGCGAGAGGUCAGAGGCCAUCUGAAGAGGACGCGACCUGAAGAUUGUGAUUGUGGAAAGAAAAGCAGUUAUUACAACAAAGGAGACAGAAACAAGGCCGAGAGGCUGAAGAACAGGAAUGAUCAACUCCAUCCAUUCAAGGAGGCCGCGCACGAGCUGGACGGGAAGGCGCAGUUGUACAACGAGAUCCGCAGGAAGAAGAAGGAAAGGAAGGUGAAAAAGCGGCUGAGGAAAGGAGACGACUGCAGCCUGCCGGGCCUCACAUGCUUUGCGCAUAACGACGACCAUUGGCAGACUGCACCCUUCUGGUCUUUGGGUGGCUUCUGCGCGUGCACCAGCUCCAACAACAACACCUACUGGUGCCUGAGGACCAUUAACGAGACCCACAACACGCUUUUCUGCGAGUUCUCCACCGGCUUCCUGGAGUACUUUGACCUCAACAGUGACCCCUACCAGCUGACCAACGCCGUGUACGAGGUGGACCGAGACGUGCUCAACUCCCUCCACGCUCAGCUGAUGGAGAUGAGGAGUUGCCAGGGUUACAAGCAGUGUAACCCUCGACCCAAAGGCUUGGAUGCAGCACACAGCCAGUUUGGGUCGGACGACAGAGUUAAACUUCCCAACUUGACGGACGAGGACGUGAACUGGCAGGGCCUGGAGGAUCUGUACAGCAUCAACGAGAGCCUUUACGACUGCAGGCCCGACUACAAUCCAGGUCCUGACGACUGGGCCAACUUCCAGAAGGACGUAGAGCACGCCUUUGCACGCCUUUUGAACAAAUUCAACCACACCCUAACGCUUGACGACUCUGCCCUACCCGAGCUGGGCUCUGGGGGCGGAGACCUUGAAGUAGGCAGCGGGAAGGAGCCAUUUUGGGGCGGGGACGUCCGGUCCGGCCACACCGCCUCCAUUCCCUCAGCCAAACCCACGACAAAUUCGCUCAUCAAUGACCUUCCCGAGAGGCAAACUGACCACCCCCGUACGGCGGAGGGGCCACCCGCCCGAAAUAGGGCCCGGGUGCAGCUGCUGGAGGAGAUGGAAGGAGACGUGUUCAGCGGCAACGGGCUGACAGAGUUGGACACGCGACAUGACGCCCUCCUGCUCACCCACAACACCCUGCUGCCACACCCCACCCACAUGGAGGGUGCUGGCCCUUACCGCUCCCCGGGCCCCAGUGAUGACGAGGACGAAGACAUUUUCCAGGACCAAGGCUUCCUCCCUCUCGCCCCACACACACUGAGGCCCAGCGUGCUGCUCACCCCCACCGCACAGUCCCCGCCCACCACGCAGACUCCUCGCUCGGUGGCGCAUCCGGCCCCGCCCCUCAUGUUGGUCUACGAGGGCAGCGGCGCUUCCAGUCUCUGAUGGUCGCCACAGAGACAGACACGUGACCAUGUCAGUUAUUCAGACUUUUAAAGUAAUGUUUAUUUUUUUACAUUAGCAAACAGUGUUAUGAGUUUUAAAAUAUAUAUUGUAAAUGUUUAGAGAAAAGCCUUCAUGCAGCUCAGUGUUGGAUAACAUUUGUCACCUUUUUAUGAGGAAGCAAGCAGCAGUCAGUAAACGCACCGUUUAGGGAACAUAGACCACAAAUGCACUUUGGAGCUUUCCCCACCGUAAUAGUUCUUAUUUUUAUAAACGGUCCCCAACGAUAUUACAAUUUGUUUUACAUUUCAAAAUGUUUAAGAGGGAGGGGCGAGAAGAAUUGGAUUAAACUUUAUUGACAAACCAUUAUCAAAACAGUUUCUGACAUUUUGAUCACUUUGCACAAUUACUGCACUUGCUCCAAAAAUUUGGACUUUUAAAAGCUAGUGUUUGUUUCAGCAACAUCGCUGUUAUACCAACCUACUUGGAGUAUGUGUGCAUGGUUGUGUGUGUAACCGGGCAAGCGGUUGCUGGAAAACCAUGAAAAUAAAAAGCAGUCUACCAUU